AGAGGAAGACCGUGUGGCUAUUCACGAAGCCAUGGAGCAACAGACUAUCUCCAUUGCCAAAGCAGGCAUCACAACCAUCCUCAACACUCGUACCAGCGUGUUAGCCGCUGCCAACUCGACAUUCGGACGUUGGGAUGACAGCAAGGAUACGGAGAGUAAUAUUGACUUCCAGGUAUGGCUGAAAUUUACAUGCUAG